AGUGACAGGCCGACACCUGCGCAGCGCCUGUCAUGUCACCGUGACGCCCAAUUUUUCACAUUAUCUCUCUUACGCAUAACAGACGAGCUCACUUGCACCGGUCUUGGUAGUGCCGAAGGUGUAUGUUAGCAAAAGCAGUGAGGCCGCAGUGUGAUACUGAACACUGACGCUCGGCGUUGCACACGCAGAGGUCAGAAGAGUCGGAGUCAAAGUUUUCAAGAUCCUUCUCAACGCUGCUCAAAUAGAGCAGGCACGUUGCUCCAGCCCCAGCACGUGCUGAAUUGCCAUGGACACACCACCGUUGAUCCCAGGCUCUCAGCGGUCGUGCGCCGCGCGAGAGUCCGCUGGCGAAGAUAGCGACCUCGAUGAUUCGUCGACUACGAGCUCGAGCGAAUUGGUCUCGCCCGAUCGCGAUUCAAGUGAUGAUGAGCAGGAAGAACAUGAAUACAACGAAGCGGAGUUCAUGGGUAUCCUGGCGCUCGCUCAGCAAGCAAGAGAGCUGUACGAGAUGUCAGCUCAGCUCACGGACCUCGAGGACUGCAUUGCAUAUCUGCGCGACGCCCUCACUGUCGGACCCAGAGACAACAUCACACACGCGGAAGUGCUGCACACGCUCGCCUACGACUUGUACGUCCUUGCGCUCGACGGUGGCGCCCCGGAGACCCCACAAUCCGAGGAUCAUCUCAGCGAGUCGGUCGACUUGCACCGCCAAGCCCUCAGGCUGCUACCUGCAAGCCACAGGGCGCGGCCUCUGUACGUAACGCGCCUUGCUAUCGCCCUCCGCGCACGGUUCACCGAAUCCGCGCGGAGGGAGGACCUGCAGGAAUGCAUUGAUCUCCAUCGCCGAGCGCUCUCCUUUCGCCCUCCCGGGCACCCCGACCGGUCGCAGUCACUCCUAAAUUUGGCAAACGCAUACUGGACGCGCUUCGAAUUUUCGGGGGCGCUAGGUGACCUUGAGCACGCUGUAGACCUCGAUGAGGAGGCCUUACGACUUCGGCAGCCUGGGCACCCGAAUAGGACGGCCGCCCUGAUGGGUCUUGCGACAGACUUGAACAGCCGGUAUCUCAAAGGAAACGCGCUCGAGGACCUCGAUCGCGCUAUUGAAUUAGAGCGGGAGGCCUGGCAUGUGAAUCCCACGGACGGCCAUAUUGCACAAGGGCUCGCCGCGCUUCUAGCGUCGCGGUAUCAGGCGAACCACGCCGUGGCGGACUUCGACGCUGUCACCGCCAUUUGUGCUACGCGAUCAUCAUCAGAGGAGGCCCGGCAAUAUUCGCAAGGAAACAAUGCGGAGUUCAUAGGUGCGAUGCGCGCGACAUUGGCGGAACUCUAUGUCGCCCGUUUCCAUGCUUCCGAUAGCCGCGAAUAUCUCAUGGAUGCCGUCGACAUCUGCCACCAGUGUCUUGACCUUCGCCAUCCUGAGUACGCCUGUUUUAGUGUCGCCCGUGCCUGCCUUUCAACCUACCACAGUCACCAUGAUCCCUCGGACCUCCUCAGCGCCGUACGCAUAUCACAAGAGGCAGCAAAGAUCUGUGCACCCGGCCAUCCUCAUCGUGCCACUUCUCUACAUAUGCUAGCUCAAGCUUUGCAGAGUAGCUUCGACGCUCACCAACAAGACAGCGAUCUGAACGGCGCAUUAGAGGCUUAUGCCGCAGCAGUUCAAGAUGCUUGCUGUUCCGUGCGAGACCGCUCCCAGUAUGUCCAAGAUUGGAUAGACCUCGCAACGAAGGCGCACCGAGUACAGUCGCUAUCCGAGGCGUGCGGUGCUGCGGUCUACCUCCUCGGCCUCAUCGUACACUUCGACGAGCAUCGAGAAAUCAGAAUUAGCGCCCUGGCGCGAGUCCCAAAGAUACUGGAGGCUGUGGCUCUGCUCGUCCCGUCGGUGCCUGCCCGCGCCGUCGAGCUGCUCGAUUAUGCGCAGUCCUUGGCAUGGGCACUGACCUUGAAUCUCCAGCACCCGCCUUGCGAACAUGCCGCUCCACCCGAACCGUUACAGAGGCUGCGUCAAAUCUCUUGGCAAUUGGAGCACAGCCCCUCAUUUGUGCCCUUCGCUGCGGGCCGUGCCUACUCAUCGCCUGUGCACGACAACCUUGAGACGUUCGCAGCAUACAGACAGCGUCUGGCAGCGGAAUUCGACGUACUGGCAGAGCAAGUCCGUUCCCUGCGCGGCUACACUGGCUUCCUUCGGCCACCUGCAUACACUGCCCUCUCCAACGGCUGGGGCGAUGGCUUCAUCGCAGUGUUGAUGUUGGCGGGAAGGAAGUGCCAUGCUUUCGUCGUCUUUCCGACGUCCAUCAAGCCGCUCCAUAUCCCGCUAUCGCUCUCGUCCGCCCGUCUGAAGGAACUCGCAGAAGGCUUUGUGGCCGCGGCGCAUGGCGAUGACGACAGGCUCUUCAAGCCCAUCUUGGAGGAGAUCUGGAAAGGCGUGGUUAGCCCCAUCAUCCAGAGAUUGAUGCUGCAGCCUUCUUCUGGCCUUGCGCGCCCCCGCAUCUGGUGGUGCCCAGUGGGCCCGUUCCCACCGCUGCCCCUACACGCGGCCGGGCGAUACGCCCCCGACGCCCCCGUGACCUGCACGGCGGACUUUCUCGUCUCUUCUUACAUCCCGACGAUCAGCGCGCUGACCGCCCACCUUGCGGGGAUGCCGGACGUUGAGCGCGACAACGGUAAGGUACUUCAGAUUGUGCAGCUCGUGCUGCCCGAGAUAGCAAGGCUCUCUGGGACGGUGUCCGUGUCUGUCGAACAGAUGCGCAAGACCGUCCCGCUCGGAGCUCUGCUAUACUUCGGCAGCCUGUACUCUCUGGGGGACGACCGGACGUCCGACGGUGCAUUGCUCUUCGAGCACGCGAGUUCCCACGCAUCGUUCUUGCGUCUUGCCGAUCGUCCGGGAAGUCCGCAGGCCAGCAAGCGGUCGGACGCACCCGUCGACGAGACACAGGCAGAACCAUUGAUCACGGUGCCCUGCACCGUUGUAGAUGCGGCCCCAAGCGAGCAAGGCCAAGCUCAAGAAUUCCGGAAUCUGAUUGCGGUGCUACUGGCGGCAGGUUAUCGAUCUGCCGUCAGUACGAUGUGGCGUCCGUCGCCCAGUUGCAGAAUCGAUAUAGCGGAGACGCUACAGCAAGGACUUUUCCAAAAUGGACCCUUAAGCUUUGCUCGCGUCCCGUACACUCUAGAUGCAGUCGUCCAGCGAUUGCGCAGGAGCGGUGCGCCCUUCGGAGAAUGGACUCGGUUCAUUCAUAUUGGAUACUAGAAACAUACCCCAAGCAUCAUUUUUAAACCGGUUGGAGCUCUGUGCAAUAUUUUGCAACGACCUGUAUUAGCUGGCUUAACGUUACAGGGGGUAUCUGGAGAGACGAUAGCAGUGCAUUGACCUAGCGAUGCGUGGGGAACACGAGAGCACGACAAGGGGAAUAUCAGAGGUCGACCGAGAACACCGAAUUGCUACAGAUCAAAUUCAAAGUCAUCAUCAGCAUUCGGAUUUGCGUAACUGCCGCGGAUGUGCUUCUUGACGGAUGUCGACGAUGUUCCGUACGUUACAGAGGACGAAUCUUCUUCGAGCUCCUUUCGAAUGACCGCAGAACGAAGUAGCCUUGACUCUAACACAGACGUCUGGAAGUCGUCUUCAUUGCCGAGUUCCUCGAAGCCAACGAUUCUAUCCUUCGAGAUGCCGUCUACGAAGAUCCAUAGGGCAGGAAGAACCUUGAUACCAAGCUUGGUUACCAGGAAGGGUGCAUUCUCCACAAAGACACGUAUGAACCGCGUGUGGAAGUAUUUGGGUGCCAGUCUGGCGAGAUGCUUGUCCAUAAUUUUGCAACGUUUAAAGUUGGAGUGGUAGAAGUGUACGACGCAUAAAUGCUCAGAUACUGUUAUAUUCAGAAUCUGCUUCUCGUCUACAACGUCGUUGUAUUGCCCGUGCCCACUGUCUUUCAGCUUUUUCAGCUCCCCCAUUUGUUUCUUGAGCUGUUCCAGGCCCUUCUCCCUAACGGCAGCGCUCUCGUCG